GUCAACAAUAUGGCUUCUCUCGUGGUCAUGUGGAUAACAGGCUGGGUAAUUGCCACUGAAGCUGGUCCAUGUUUGGACAACCAGCACUGUUCUGACUGUGACAACACAACGGGACAUUGCCUCACUGAGUGUGACACGGGGUACUUUGAUCUGAAAUGUUUCUCUGUGUGCGAUGGUCAUUGUAAAGGUAACCUGUGUAAUAUGUCUGCCGACGGUAGUGGACGGUGCACCGAGGGUUGUGAGCCAGGAUAUCAUGGUCUUGGCUGCUACAUACCAUGUGACAGUCCAGGAGGUAGCUGUACAACAUGUCCAGGUGUUUGUGAUGGAGGAUAUUGUCAGCUGGGGUCAUCCUGUGUGCCUGGAUGUGUAGACUCCUACUACGGGACUGGCUGUAAGACAUGUUCAAGUGGAUGUACGCCAUGCAACAGGUCGACAGGGACAUGUGAUGAGAAAUCAGGUAUCAACGUGGAACUGGCUACAUCACUAUCUACAGGACUAGCUACAGCCUCUCUCUUUUUCAUGAUGAUGGCCACCCUGUCUGCGUGCUGCAGUUACUGUCAACGUUUGAGAACAGAAAGGUUCCAGCUGUACGUCACUCCUACCCAGGACAUGGACGUGCCCCCAGAGGCAGGAGAUGCUCCCCAGUACGAUGUCGUUGAUGAAGCAAGGAUGUAUGAUGGAUUCACCUGUGAGGGACAACCUGCCUCUGCCAGCUGUUCUGGCUAUGAGGAACUGAGGUCGGUACAUAAGUAGAAUACAUCACGUGACCUGGAACGUGCAGACACCGAAACACAUCACUGACAUGUGAGCGGGGAAGUGGCAAUGGAGGAGUUGUCUUGUUUGUUGUUAAACUCAUCAGUAUUCCUGCAGUAUUGCAGCGAUUUGUAAAUAACGAAACAUCGAGACAGGUUGGUAGUUUGCUCAUGUCUCUCAAUAAACAAGCUCUGUAUGAUUCAAGGGAGGGUGAUGUAGUUGAUCAUGUUUUCAUUCAGUUAAGCCAAGCAUCGGGCAUUUAGGUCUGUGCCGACUGCUUUCUCCAGGGCAACUGACAGUUUCAUUGUUACAGUUGUAUUCGUAGCGACCCCAUGUGUAUGUAUUGAAUGCGACGUCAUUUCAGCUUGAGCUUCAUUGAGCGCAUUGUCAGCUAGAGACAGCCACCCAAGUCUUUCUUUCAAAACUAGAACAGGGUUAUAUUAACAUUGACCUUAUCUUAAUGGUAGUAGCAUCUCACGAAAACUCGCAACUGUUUCAACGAAGAGAGUCUUUUCUCACCCAGUACUCUAUGACCGGUGUUACCUUGUGUUUGUGUUAUCUAUUUCAAAUCAGCUGCAUGUCAUGAGAAUUCAAACAGUGAAGUAAAGGAGCAUCGAUUUACGCAAAUUGGAUUCAAUGACAUGUGUCAGGAAGCAUAGCCACCCAAUGCCGAUCGUCGCCCCUUGCCACAAGCAUUGAAUGAUUGUACUGAGGUAACGUUGUCAUGGAAACAGGGUUGGUAGUUUAAACUAACAUAUAUCCCUGAUGUCCCUCAAUCAAACAGCUCUGUGUGAUAUCAGGGAUGGGGAUGUGGCUGAGCAUGUUUUCAUUCACUUAAACCAGAUAUCGACCGUUUAGCUCCGUGCCGACUGGUUUCUUCAGGUGACUGUUUCAUUGUUGCAAUUGUAUUCGUAGCGGCCCGCAUCCAUUUGUAUGGUGUUUCAUGUGACGUCAUUUCUGCCAGAGCGUCAAUUAGGGUAUAGUCUGCUUGAGACAACAAAACAAGCUUUGCUUUCACAAUAAUAACUGGAUCAUAUUAACAGUAACCUUCUCUUAAUGGUAGAAACACCUCGCCAAAACUGGCGACUGUCUCAACGAAGUGAGUCAUUUCUCACCCAGUAUUUUGUGAACUGUGCAUGGCUUGUGUUAAUUAUUCGAAAUUAACUACAUUACCUGAGAAUUCAAACAGUGACGUAAUGGAGUUUGGUCACAAGGGGUCUGUUUCCAAACCUGUUUCCAAUACCAUCGGGCGUUAGCAUCGUGGUAGAUUUGGACUUUGGGUAAUUACUUUUCAAAGGCAAUGAACUGAAUCAAAACAACCCGAGACGCAUGUUUUUUAUUUACAUGUGUCAUUUUUCACCGUAUCAUGUGAAAUAAUAAAAUUUAGUAAAUUGUUAAAA